GGUCGAGCCAGGGAGCAGGCGGCUGAGGUCGGCCCGCCGCUCGGUUCUCCGCGUGGCCGGAGAGGGCCCUCCCGGGCCGACGUGGCAGCAAGAGCAGCGUCCAGCAGUCGCUUCGGGCAUUAACAGUAACCCCGAGGGUGAGACGUGGGCAGCGCUGCUGGCCCGCCUUCGGCGCUGUAGCUCCACAGCCCAGCCAUUAACAGGAAAAUCGGGGGUGGGGUGGGGGUGGAGUCCGGCAGCGUGUUUUCUUUCUGUGGGCCUCUCCCCAGGCGAGUCCCAAAAUAACCCUACACCGCUCCCCCACGUCUUUGGACCGCGAGUGUGAGCUCGGCUCUGCCAGUCUGGACCGCCCCGACCCCGGAAUGGGUGCUGUGGUUUACCUGUUUGCCGGAGGACUGCUAGUUUCUAGGCUGCCCUGCUGUCAGCAAUGGCGAAAUUGGAGAAUGAGGCGCCAGACCAUUGCUUGCAGCGUGUUCCCUGGGGAAUUUUUCCCUUUAAACUUUUUUUUCCCCCUGGCUUGCUUGAGAGAAGGGACUGUGAAAAGCCGAGGCUUGUCUCACCGACGCCUGGCUGAUGCCUGGCAUCAUUUUGAAGAAACCGGAAGUUGCUGGCAGUAACAUCCCUUAGUGUACUAAAGGAAGGACCCCUUCCAUUCUUAGCAGUUUUUGGUUGUUCCACUUUUAAAGACUCAUUAAUAACUCUAGUUAGAGAAAAAUAAUAUGAAAGCCUUUUUCUAGAGCAUGUUCUUAAAAUACAGCGUUUGUUACCUUGCAUUGUCAUUAAUUUACAACCAUAAAGCAACUCGGAAAUCAACACGCCCAAAUUAUAAAAAAAAGGUAUGAAACACCAAGGAGAGUGCUGAAAAUGGAUUUUUUAUCAUGUACCUUCAGUUCUCCAAAUGAUCCAGAUGGACAGAAUGAUAUCUUUUGGGAUCAGAAUUCUCCAAUGACAAAACAGUUAGGUAAAGGAAAAAGAAAACAGAUUUAUACAACAGGUAGUGAUGAGAUUUCGGACAUUGUUAAUCGUAUUGCUCCUCAGGAUGAGAAGCCAACAACAAACUCCAUGCUGGGCAUGUGGAUUGGUGCAUCUGCUAUUCCUUGUACUCCCAGUGUAGCAAAAGAAAAAUCAAGAGUAAAAAUCAGCUGUACAAAGUUAAAAACACAAAAUCGAGAAAAAGAACUUAUGAAAUUGGCUAAACAAUUUGAUAAAAAUAUGGAAGAGCUAGAUGUGAUUCAAGAGCAAAACAAGAGGAAUCAUGAUUUUAUCCAGGCAAUUUCAGAAACAGAGGCUUUACAUAAUUAUAAUGAUUGUGUGCAGAUGCAUCCAGUACAUGAUAUGGUUCCAAAAAUAGAUAAUGCUAUAAUAAAGACACCAAUGAAAGGAAACACCAGGAUAUCUGUGGCAAAUGAUCAAAACAGCAGUCAGAAGCCAUUUGACCAAAAUGCUGAAGCAGCCUUUAAUGCCAUUUUUGAUGGUUCUACCCAGAACUGCAGUGGACGGUUAAGCCAAGAUCUGUCAGACGCUUCUCUGAACACUAGCAAAAAUGCUUUGAAAGAGGAGAAAAUCAUUACUAAUGGUACUGUGGUCACUGAAGAACUGCCAAGUAAAAUCCCAGAUUCACUUUAUCCACGAGUAGAUCUUCCCAUAAUGACAAAAUCAUGUGUGACUCCCUAUAAUAAAGAGCCAGAAGCUUCUAGUAAGCACAUGGGUACAUUUACUACCAGUGAUUUUGAGGAUGAUUGGGAAAGAGUGCUAAGUAAUGAACCUUUUGUUAUGCAAAAUGUUGAAAUGCUUGAACAUUUCCCCUCUAGAACUGCCCAGAUUACUGAUCAUAAGGGAAUUUGUACCUUUAUUAGUAAAAAAGAUGAAAGUAUAUCAAGAACAAAUAAAAGUCUAGAUGCCAAGUUAGGAUAUUCAAAAAUAUUACAAGAUCUUCCUGCAAAAAAACAUAACAGAGAACCAAUAGAUACUGGAAAAUACAGAUUUUUGUCAAAUCCAAAUGAUAAGUCAAGACAGUUAUCAUCCACUGGAAAUAAAAUGAAAUUUGGGAAAUCUUUCAGUAAAAUUGUUAUUCAAGACAAAACUCAAGAUUGUACAGUUGCAUCUAAUCUGACAAAAGUAAAAGAAGAUAUCCCUAUGAACUUUACUUCUAAUGUAAAUACUUCUGAAAAGAAGUCUGCUUUGAACACAAAACUUUCUAGUGAACAAAAAAAUAAGUUCAUUUUUGAUCAGUCUUUCAAAGUACCUGUUAAUAUUGAUCCUUUUGACACUUCAACUUUGGACCGUGAAACAAUUAUUAAUAAAACAGAUCAGACUUGUACAUCAAAGUUAGGUUCUUUUUUUGAUGAUUGGAAUGAUCCAUCGCUUGCCAAUGAAAUUAUUAAAGCAUGUCAUCAAUUAGAGACUUCUUGGGAAGCUGAUGAUGUAGAUGAUGAUUUGUUAUAUCAAGCAUGUGAUGACAUUGAAAGACUAACUCAGCAACAGGACAUUUUAAAGGACAGCAAAACAUCAGAAAGUAUCCUUGAGAUCAAUAAUAGUUCCAAACAUGAAGCCAAAAAUAUGUCUACUAUAUCUAAACAAGGAAGUCAGUUGGCACAAUCAAAUCAUUUGAAUCUGGGCAGCAUUACAGUACAGGCAUCUUCCUUGACAGAUAGAACACAAAUAAAUAAAUCAGUGAAGAUGGAGAAAAGGGAAAUGAGUAGAAAUUCUCCAGAUUUUUUGGGUACUACAACAGACUUGACUUUGUACUCUAAGAACUCAAAUUGUCAGAUGAAUAAUCUGCAUGUGAAUAACAGUGAUGUUCCAAUACAAGCACACAGUUCCAGAUCCGUUUUUAUAGGAAGUUCAAGUCUGAAUGUGAAUUCAAAUCAAAUGAGCACAGUAAUUGCUACUAAUAAGAAACUGAAUACUCAUCAACCCUCCCAUAGGCCCCAAACAGAUGAAGCACAAAGUGAGCUUAACAAAGCAGUUAGAUUUUCCAAGUAUACUUUUACAAAGACAAAAAAUCCUCAGAUUCUUUCUCAGCUUAAUCAAAAUUGUGUAGAAAGAAGUUUGACUGUCACCAAAAUUAUACAGGGUUUUGAGAAAAAGAAAACUGUCAACUCAUUACUUGGGGAAGCUGAUCAGCAAAAGUCUUUGGUAAAAAUUUCUGAAUCUUUGAAACAGUCUUCAAAAGAGGAAGAUGAGAAAAAUAGGAAGUACUCUCCUGAAGAAAUUCAGAGAAAAAGACAAGAAGCCCUGGUUCGAAGAAUGGCCAAAGCACAGGCAUCAUCUGUAAAUUCAACUCCCACUUAAUUUCUUUAAUGAAAUACUGGUUUGAAGACUUAUAGGUUAUUAAUAACUAUCUAUGAUAGGAGAUAUUUUUUCUUAAUUUCUCUGUGAGAAAUUUAAUUCUGACUUGCAAAGCAUGGACUUCUACUUUAUUAUUUAAUAAAUCAGUGUUUGCAAUGGUAAAUGAAACCUUUCCUUGAGGAUCUAUAUGAAAAUUUUGGAAAGUUAGCAAUUAUGUACUAAGAUUAUACAAAAGAAAUUGUAGUUAUAUUUUUAAAUAUUAUGAUUUUCAGAUGAUCAUCAAAAAUAUGUAAUAUACAAAAAUGUCUUCUAAUACAGAGCUUCAGUUUACUAAGUUAAGUAGUCUAUUUUGGUAGUUUUCAGUAACUAUUGCUCAAGGUUUUUAUACAUCUCUGAAUUUUAAUUAAUACUUUCAUUUUCCUAGGAACAUGCUUGGUUUGAAAAUAAACAACUUUGGCUUAUUUUUAGGGAAAUUAUUAUUUUCAAUUCAUACUUAGAAGUAGGCUUGAAUUUUUAUAUUUCAACAAUGUGAUACAAUUUGGAAACUUUCCACCAUUAGGAAAAAAAAGGCUAGCUUAGAAAAAGGGAAGGAGGAGUAUAUUAGCUCUAUAAGUAAAAUAGUAUCAUUAACAUUUAGAACUGGCAGAAACUUUAGACAUUGUCCAAUUCAGCUUUAUUUUAUAGGUGAGAAAAAUCAGUAGUUAAUUUUCAAAAUCAGGGGCAAGUUAAAACUGUUCUUAUGUUAGAAUGAUUAUUUUGGACACCUCGACAAUUUUACCAUUUGCUUCAAAGUACUAGUGCAUAAAACAACUUGAGGGAGCAUUAAUUAUUUUAUAGUACAAAAAACAUAAUUAAAAGCACAUUAAGGACUAUUUAAUACAAUGCUUAUUGUUCCUUAUUUUAAAGAAUUAAUUAAUCUCUCCAGGAUAUAAGAAUGAAAGUCUCUUUUUAGUUUUCCUGUAACUGCAAUUUCUUGUCAAUUAAUUAAUUUUAUUAAUUUUGCUAAUUGUUUCUUUCUUUUUCCUCUUCCCUUCUUCCUUCUGUUUUGCUCAUUUUGAAUUUGCUGAGCCAGUAAUAUAAGUCUAUCUAGAGAGUAUAAGGCAAUGAGGAAACUUCAUUUUGUCAUAAUGGCUGCAGGAGACCUAAGGAAAGUUAUAGAUAUGAAACACCUAUCAUGAUAUGGUAUUCACCACUUCAGGUGUCUUAGACCUAUGAUGGUGUGGUAUUUAUUGCUCUUCAGGUAUGUGUAUCAUUUUAUAAAUGAUAUUUUUACAUAUGAGGUAGAGUAACAGAUUUUAAGUAACCUAUAUUAUUUGUCUAAGAAAAUAUAUGUAAAAAAGAACCUAAAUUCUGGUAAGUUUUUAUGUAAGAAAACGAAGGGGAUCUUUUCCAAAUUGGCUUCACUGUGAUGACUGUAUUUUGAUUAUCUCUAUUUUUGCAUCAAUUCUUCCUGCUUGCUGCAGGACUCAACCUAAUAAGUCUGCUUCUUUGAAACUCAUACCUGACCGUAUUCACUGGAAUUUCUGUGUGACUCUUUCUCUUUAAAAGGAAACUUUUUAGCAUUUUAGAUGGGGGUGGGGGUGUAUUGACCCAGCACAUCUGAACCUGAGCAUGAUAGGGUUUCUAGGGUUACCUUUGCUGUUCAAACUUUUCUGCUUUCCUAUCUUGGCUUUUCUUCUUUUAGCCUUUGUUGGAAACACUAAGUGUUGAGUAGGCCAUGAAUGAGCAAAGGACUGCCUAGUUUGUCUGGCUUGGUUCUUUUUAGUCUCUAGGGAAUGUGUCUCCAUAAGGUGAAGGAGCAACUGGUAGGCUGGCAGCUUUAUUCUAGUUCAGGCUCUGGUGCUGUUCAUUCAUUGCAGAGCGGAACCUCUCAUUAUUCUUUUCCCAUUAUAAAUAUAACCCUGAUCCAAAUACACACAGACACAGUCAGUGGUAUGUAGACAUGAACCACACUGUGUAAAACACUGCCUUAUAUUAGUGUGCACUACCCUAUUAUAACUAACCUUUAACAAGAAGAGAGAUAACCUUAUUCAUCUUUAACUACUUGAUACUAAUAUUUAGUGGUUACUCAUGAAAUUUUGAAUGAAUUUAUUUAGACUCAGGUUGCAGAGAUUCUUGUCCCAUCUAAAUCAGGUUGACUCAUUCGCUGAUCUUCAGGGUUGGAAAAUGAUUCUAGGAACAAAUUAGAUUUAGUUUAACACUGAUUGGUGUAAAUGAUAAUUUAUGUAGAAUCCGAACCAUGGUUUUUAUGCUGUUGUGUUCAUAAUCACUUGUGGAAUUUAAAAACAAAACACCAAAUUUAUCCUUGUGCCUUCUCUUAUACCUCAUAAAUGAAUACAUAUAGGGAUUGAUUUCAGGUGUGUGUCUUUAAAGAUUAUUGACUAGUAAAUCAUAAUUGCUAAAUGUUUUAUUUACCAGGAAUGAUUUUAAGCACUUUAACUGUAUUAUUUUGUGUGUCUGACAAGUCAUUAAUAAAGUAACAAUUUUACCCCUAUUUUAAAAAUAGGGAAAGUAAACAGAUUAAAUGACUUUCUCAAAAUCACACAAUUAGAAGGUAGAACCGAAGUUUGAACCCCAGUAUUGUGAUUUUUUUUUUUUUUUUUUUUUUUUUUUUUUUUUUUU